CACAGACAAAAUGAGCGAGGCUGCUAUAUUGGAAGUCGUUAACAAGAAUUUCGGAGAUCACCUUAUUCUUGGGGAAGAAGGAGGAGUCAUUGGUGAUAGCCAUUCCGAUUACCUCUGGUGCAUUGAUCCUCUAGAUGGAACAACAAAUUUUGCACACGGUUAUCCUAGCUUUGCAGUAUCCGUAGGAGUUCUCUUUCGAGGAAGGCCAGCUGCUGCUGCUGUGGUGGAGUUUGUUGGAGGUCCUAUGGCAUGGAAUACUCGUACUUUCUCUGCAACUGCAGGUGGGGGAGCUUUUUGUAAUGGUCAGAGAAUUCAUGCCAGUCAAACUGACACGGUGGAACGAUCUCUUCUGGUUACUGGGUUUGGGUAUGAGCACGACGAUGCAUGGUCUACUAACAUUGAAUUAUUCAAGGAGUUUACAGAUGUUAGCAGGGGUGUAAGAAGGCUUGGCGCUGCUGCAGUUGAUAUGUGCCAUGUAGCUCUAGGUAUUGUGGAAGCUUACUGGGAAUAUCGACUAAAGCCAUGGGACAUGGUGCUGGUGUUCUGGAUGGUUGAAGUGGCUGGUGGAACAGUAACAUGCAUGGAUGGCAACAAGUUCUGUGUUUUUGAUAGAUCAGUUUUGGUAUCCAACGGGGUACUCCAUUCAAAGCUUUUGGAGAGGAUUGCACCUCCGACCGAAAAGCUCAUAAGCAAAGGCUUUGAUUUCUCGCCAUGGUUCAAGCCAGAAAAUUACCAUACAUAUUUUUGAAAUGCUCCAUUCAAACCAAGCAUAGAAGCAGCAAAACAGGUGAUGCCCUUU